AUGAAUUCUCGAAAAAUUACCACAGUUAUAACAAAAGAUUAUGACACUAAAGAUGCAGAAAAUCGGCCAGUAAUAAAAGUUGCGGAUCGUCCAACUUUUAUUUUAAAAACCCGAGAAGGCGAAAAUAGAGCUGUAUCUCCAAGUCAACGCAAUGGAGCCAAAAAAGAAAUGGAUGCCUCUGCCAGUACAUCAACAAAAUCAUGUGAAGCACGAUUGAUAAUGACAUUACCCCAAGAAAUGACAAGUAGUGUAAAGUUAAUGGAUGAAAAUAUGCAACUUUAUGAAAAUGUAUUAGAAGAACUGAUUGAUCAACAAGAUUUUCUAGUUGUUGGAAUCUUAGGAACUCAAGGACCAAUUCUUUCAAGCUCAAUAAUGACAUCAACUAACACGACGUUAGAGCACUAUGUUAAUUCAGAAUAUAACUUAGAAAUACAAUCUCUACAAUUUACUGCCUUUUUAUAUUCUGUUUGCCAUGUAAUUAUUGUCGUUCAAGAUUGGUUUGUCGAUCCCAAUUUAAUAAGGCAAGUAAAAAAGAAAAAUUAUUUAUUUAUUCAAACGGCUGAAAUGUUAAAGCCAUCGUCUACAUCAAAUUUGGAUCAAGACUACAUCGAGUACUAUCCUCACAUGCUUUUUUUGCACAACAAAGCAGAAGUGGAUGAUUUCAUGCCAGAUACUCUAAAAAUAAUGACGGGCUUUUAUGAUAAAGUUUUUGCAAGAUCUAGAUUACAAACUCACAGCGGACUGAACAUGAGUUCAUGCUCAACAGACGGUCAACUUAAUUUAUUUCUUAUUCCUGAAAUAAAAUCACACAAUGAACCAAUAAUCCACGAAAAUGAAAAAGAGUUAAUACAAAAAUUACGAAAUAAAAUUCACGGAAUUUCACGUAAUCCAUUAACACCAUCAGCGUUAACAGAAAAAAAUUGGUACCAUUAUGCCUUCAAAGUUGUUGAGGCUAUAAAAAAAAGUCACUUAUUUGUAGAAUACGGAAGGUUACUUCCCUAA